ACAAUGAGCCGGCGCCGCGCCGGUGGGUCCUGAGGCGCCGUGUGGAGGAGCGGUCGGCGCGGCCCACAGUCGGGGCAGAAGAGCGCUGCUCGAGCGGGAGCAGGAAGAGGAGGAGGCGGCCCGCCCGUCGGCCGCCUGCCCGCUCGCCGCCCGCCCCGCCCGGGCCAGCCCCUCAGCAGCCCGCCCGCCGCCUCCCGGCCCCGCCCCGGCCCCGGCCCCGCGCCGCCGCCAGCCGCCGCCAUGAAGCUAACCGACAGCGUGCUGCGGAGCUUCCGCGUCGCCAAGGUGUUCCGCGAGAACUCAGACAAGAUCAACUGCUUCGACUUCAGCCCCAACGGCGAGACGGUCAUCUCGAGCAGCGACGACGACUCCAUCGUGCUGUACGACUGCCAGGAGGGCAAACCAAAGAGAACCCUGUACAGUAAGAAAUACGGCGUGGACCUCAUCAGAUACACUCACGCAGCAAACACAGUUGUUUACAGCUCUAACAAAAUAGACGAUACUAUUCGUUACCUGUCCUUACAUGACAACAAAUACAUCAGAUACUUUCCUGGACACAGCAAGAGGGUAGUGGCCUUGUCCAUGUCGCCUGUGGAUGACACUUUUAUUUCUGGAUCUCUUGAUAAGACCAUUCGACUCUGGGAUCUCCGGUCUCCUAACUGCCAGGGCCUCAUGCAUCUACAGGGCAAGCCAGUUUGUUCUUUUGACCCAGAAGGGUUAAUUUUUGCUGCAGGUGUCAAUUCUGAAAUGGUCAAACUUUAUGACCUUCGCUCUUUUGAUAAGGGGCCAUUUGCAACCUUUAAGAUGCAGUAUGAUCGGACUUGUGAGUGGACAGGACUUAAGUUCAGCAAUGAUGGCAAACUCAUCCUCAUCUCCACCAACGGCAGCUUUAUCCGUCUCAUUGACGCAUUCAAGGGAGUGGUGAUGCACACAUUUGGGGGUUAUGCCAAUAGCAAAGCUGUCACACUGGAGGCCUCAUUUACUCCAGACUCCCAGUUUAUUAUGAUUGGUUCAGAGGAUGGCAAGAUCCAUGUCUGGAAUGGAGAAAGCGGCAUAAAAGUGGCUGUGCUGGAUGGCAAACACACAGGCCCCAUUACCUGUUUGCAGUUCAACCCCAAGUUCAUGACCUUUGCCAGUGCGUGUUCCAACAUGGCCUUCUGGUUGCCCACCAUUGAUGACUGACCCUGAUGCUGCUCGGCUAUUUCUGUGCAGUGAGGGCGGCCAGCAGGAAAAAACUCAGAGAGGACUGAGAUCAUACUGGGAUUGGAUCGUUUUACUGGUCUGGAGACCAUCCUUCCACACAGCCUUCCCAUGGAUGUACUGUAUAUCUGCUCAAAAGGAAAAAACCGCUUUGCCGAGCUGCUUUCACAGGACUCUCGGUGCAGCAGAUACCAUCGGGGCUGAUCCUCCAGCUGUCGCUGCCCUGACCUCCACCAGAGGAGUGGCCAGACUCACAAUUAGGGAAUAGAGGGGCCCUCAAGACGCCUCCAGUCUGGAAUGUUUGCUGCUGAGUUGCUGGAGUUUAUUCUGCACACCCCCUUCUCCCGCCCUGUGAUGCAUGGGAAGCCUGUGCUCUGGUUUCGAGAUGCUAGGGCAGCUCAGUGCCCCUCACCCUUACCCUGCAUGUCUUGUGACUGGGUCUCCCUGGGUCAUUGUGGCAUUAUUCCACAACCAUCAUGUUAAUUAGGUGCCAAACAUUUACAGAAGUAAGUCUUCAUAUAUCUUGGGGUCAGAAAGGGACAGAGACAGAAGGACCGUGCUUGCCAGGAAGCCUUGCAGGUUAGUUGGGUGAGGGUGGGUGAUCUGGGCAUGCUUCAGGCGCCGGGCGUUAGGUGGGAAAAGGCCCAAGAGCCUGCAAGGGAGGGAGGGGUAGCGGGUGAGCCCCUAGGGCUGGGAGGUUGAGCAGCAGUCUGGUGUGGGCUCCAUCAAGACAAACCCGUGGUCCUUCUGGGUGCCUACCGAGCUUGGUUGUGUACAAAAGCAAGGUGGGAGUUUAUUUUUGUAUAUGAGAUACAUCACGCUUACCUGUGGACCUGUAUUGUGGAGUGAGUCUGAGUUGUUUACACUGAUAUGCCUUCCCUGCCCACCACAAAUUGUGUACAUAGUCUCCAGAUGAUUCCCCGGCUCCCAAUCAAGAGCUGAUUCUAGGCCUGUGUUAUAUGUUAUAUUCAGCCUUUUUAUAUAUGACCUGGGUUUCUGUUGUAUUUUAGCACAGUGUGUACACCUUCAUUUAAAUAUAUUGUGUGUGCAUACAUCUACACAUAUAAGUAUGUAUGCAUAUGUAUAUAUAUACAUCUGUCAUUUCCCAGAGCUCAGCCCAAGGAGGUGGAGCCCUGUGGCCCAGGAGGAAGGGUGCUUCCUUGCGAAUAGUGUUCGCCGCAAGUGUUAGUGAGUCUUCCUAUUCCUUGUUUUCCUUUGGGAAACUGAAUGAAGCAAAGCUUCCAGUGUUUGCUCUUCCUAUGGCAGCUAAGUGAGGGUCUCGGGAGGACUUCCUUGUGCUCUUCAGGCCGUACUUUGGGGCCCUUUCUGCAGUAUUAGCUCCCUUUUGCCUGGUUGAUGCUCUGUCUACGCCUGUACGUGUGACAGUCACUUUUGCAUGCCUUUGUGUCUGGCUUCCAGCAUUUGGGGGACAAGGUGCUGGAACCAGAACAUUUUCAGUUUGUCAAAGGCUUCUUUGCCAAUUACGGAUCACUCCUGUUAACCUAAUACAUCUAUGCUUUCUUGCUGCUUUUCCUUACCUUCUCUUGGGAGAGGGAGGGGUCCUGAUCAACAUUGAGAUGAGCUGCGGCUGGCUCAUGGCUUUUUCUUCCCCUGCAUGGCCUCAAGUGGUGUGUUAACUUCACUUAUUUCCCAAAUAUUUAAACAGGUAACAUUCCCUGCAGAUCCAGAAAAAGGCCCAACAAGGUUAUGACUUGCCCAUGAGUACUUAGCAGCUAGAGGUAAAAGCAAGCCAUUACUGUCUCUGUUCACAGUAGGAAUUGCCAGCAGUUACUUUGGUUUUGUUAUGUUUUAUUAGCAGUUAUUUUUUGACUUGUUGCCCGAACUUAAAGGGCAAGGGGCUGACCUGUUUCCCAGAAGGAGACCUGGAUCUGCAGUUUCUGCCAUGCUGCCCACUGUGUAGCUCUGCCUUCCCAGCAGAGGGACUUCAGAAACCAAGAUUGGAACUUUUAUAACUGUCAACUUCUGGCUUUCCAGGGUAGAAAACCCACGGUAGGAAUACCUGUUUAGAGUGCUAGGAACGGUGAGCUUAACUCACAUCUGCAACCAGAGCGUAGCAGCCUUGCCUGUCAGCAAGGAAAAUGAUUUUGAUUUGUAUUUUCCUGUGGCCAAAGUGAGGCACCAUCCUUUGAAAAUACACAGUGUGGCCUUUGUUUAUAGGGACCUGUGGCUGCACAGCUGGCUCCUGGGUCAGGAAGCAAAGGGAAAAAUGUAGCUGGAAGUGAGGUGGUGAGGUGGUGGGGAUGGGGCAGAAUGAAGGGCGAAGGGGCUGUACAGGUUCUCUGGGAGCCAGAGGCGCUCAGGCCCUUCUCAGUGGAGAGGGCCAAAGCCACCGAUUUGUGACAGUGAUGUUGCAGUGAUUUUUUUUUUUUCCAAAGAAAAAAUCUUCCCUGUUGCAAUCAUAACUAAUGCUUAUUAAGGAAAAUUUGGGAGCUUAAAAUUUAAUGUUUGCCACCCAAAUGCUACCACUGUUGAUCUUUUGGUGUUAAAUGUUCCUCUAGACAUUUCUGUGCAUAGAUUUUUGGUGUUUAUGUAGUUAUUCUACUGUAUAUACAAUUUUAUGUCCCUUUUGUACUUAACAUAAACAUUUUUUCCAUGUU